AUGCAUCUCCUUAAUAACCCACGCCGCUCCCACCGAAAAUCUCGGUAUGGCUGUGCAUUAUGUAAGCGCCGUCAUGUCAAGUGCGAUGAAAAGCGACCGUCUUGCACCCCCUGCCUAGUCCGGGGACAGGAUUGCACGUAUCUGAUGAUCACACAGAGGAAAGCCACCUCUGACGCACCGUCGAGGGACAGGUUGGGCUUGCCGUCGCCGUGCCCCAGGGCCAGAACGGAUUUGGUCCUGCACGAAAUGCAACUUUUCCACCACGCGCUCAUGGUCACAGCCCCUUCCAUAGCGAACGACGACCUGGACCUCCGAUUCUGGCAGAUGGACAUACCCCGGAUUGCCAUCACGCAUGCAUUCGUGAUGGACAGCCUGCUAGCUGUUGCGGCGCUCCAUCUGGCAUAUAUUCAUCCGGAGCAGCAAACACACUGGGCUAGCGUCUCCUUGACUUAUCAAAUCGCGGCCACAACGGGUUUACGAGAGGAUCUAGCUGCUGGUCUGAAUGAUGGCUUGGAGGCCAAAUUCGCUGGCUCGGCCCUCGUCCUCGUCCUAACCACUGCCUAUCCGGCGGUCUGCAGCAACACUGUCAUCGGACAAGAAAGGGCGGAGAAGCAGGGAUACACAUUAGACACUGUGCAGAGUAUCCGCUCGGCUCUGGAAGGUUGCGCUAUCAUGGCCACACAUAUACACCAAGAUCAAGAUCACUCCAGUUUCGGAUAUUGGUUGCAUCGUGGUCUAUCAACUCCGGAGACGGUCCAUCAAAAAAGUGAGCUCCAAGCAAGAUUGCAUCAUCUUCGAAACGAGAUCGAACGGAGUGAGAUUGAAGCAUCGUCGCGAGACGAGUGCCAGCGCGUAUGCGAUAUCAAUCUGUCGAUCUUGGAUUUGUGGCCCGCACAUCAAUUUACCAUCGUCUGGCCCCUCUGGGUCAGCAAAGCCUUUCUGGCUCUUUGCCGAAAAGGAGACUGGGUCGCAUACAUUCUCCUAUUAUUUUAUGGAUUGACUUUGCACUUGGAUUCGCAUAAAUGGUACAUUUCAGGCGCAGGCAAACAGUUGAUCUUGAAUAUAUUGAGUCGCAUGGGCGACAAGGGUGAUAUUCCCCUGGAGUGGGCUGAGACGAUUUGUUGGGUGCGGCAGGUGGUCGACGUAUAG